CGGCUCCGGCAGGGUGACGGCGCCGACCCAACAGGACUGAGCGGCUGUCCAGCAGGGUUCCAGCCGGGAAAGGGAAAGUUGGACACAAAAGUCAGCUGGGGAGCCAUACUUAAGUUUAAACACUUUUUUAUUUCUUUUUGCAAACUGCAACUAAUUUUAUUUUUUAAAACAUUGCAAAAGCUGAAGGAAUUGAGCCCGGCGAACUGUUUGUCUGUGUUAAGUUUAUCCAGGCAACUUUAUUUUCUCUGCUCUUAUAUCGGUUGAGUUCGGCGUGGGUGCAGCGCUGUAUUUGCUGAAGCAAUAAGAUAAAGAAAACUACGAGACGAAUCAAUUUCUGCCCUGCUCUUCCCCGAGCGUAGCGCGCGUCCCAAGCGGUGACUUUGUUGUGGAUUAAAUGGGAGGUGCGCUCACGUGCUCAACUCCUCUUCCAGAUAACAGCAGAAUAGCAGCACGCCGCUGAAGGUGUAGCCCUCCGGAAUCACGAGUCAACAUCUCAGAGGGACACUGACAAGCAAACAUGGAGCUUCUUCGCAGGAUACAAGCGCACCCCUGAAGCCUGUCCGCUGGCAGACAGAAGAGAGCGCUCCGGAGUUUAAACGACGGCGCGUCCGCGUAAACUCAGACACCGUUGGGACUGAACCCCAGAGAACCGUCGCUAAUUCCCCCUGACCAUGGCCGCCUCCUCACGGGACAGCUGCUUCUGGUUGCUCUGGAGACGGGCCCUGCUCGCGCUGUGGCUGUGCGCGGUUGGAGCGCGCGGGGCGGAAGAUGAAAGCGGCUUCAACGCCGAGUCAUGGCUGAGGAUGUACGGGUACCUGCCCCAGGCCAGCCGACAGAUGUCCACAAUGCGAUCAGCUCAGAUCCUGUCCAGCGCCAUCAGUGACAUGCAGCGCUUCUAUAAUCUGGAGGUGACUGGUCAGAUGGAUGCUCAAACCAUCAGUGCCAUGAAGAGACCCCGUUGUGGCGUGCCUGACAAGUUUGGAAGGCAGAUCAAAACCAACGUGCGUCGGAAGCGUUAUGCGCUCACUGGACAUAAAUGGAGCAAGAGCCAUCUCACGUACAGCAUUCAGAACUACACUCCCAAAAUUGGAGAGUAUAACUCAUAUGAGGCCAUUCGACGGGCCUUUAAGGUCUGGCAGGCAGUCACCCCACUGACCUUUGAUGAAAUCCCCUACCAGGAAAUCAAAUAUGGACGGCGUAAGGAGCCCGACAUCAUGAUCUUCUUCGCCUCGGGUUUUCACGGAGACAGCUCUCCGUUUGAUGGGGAGGGGGGCUUCCUGGCUCACGCCUACUUCCCUGGACCUGGGAUGGGUGGGGACACACAUUUUGAUGCUGAUGAGCCUUGGACCAUAGAGAAUCACAACGUGCAAGGUAAUGACCUCUUCCUGGUGGCAGUCCAUGAGCUAGGACACGCCCUGGGUUUAGAGCACUCCAGUAACCCCCUGGCCAUCAUGGCUCCCUUCUAUCAGUGGAUGGAGACUGAGAACUUUCAGCUGCCGGACGAUGAUCGACAAGGCAUUCAACAGAUCUACGGUCACCCAGACAGCGCUCCCACUCAGGCUCUGCCUACCGUGCCAGCUCGUCGCCCGGAGCCCAGACCGCCUCAGACGCCUCCUCGACAACCUGACCGCCCCAGGACCACCGAAAGACCCGAUCACUAUGGGCCCAAUAUCUGUGAGGGGAACUUCGACACUGUUGCCAUGCUGCGUGGAGAGAUGUUUGUUUUUAAGGGUCGGUGGUUUUGGAGGGUGCGCAGGAACAGGGUCCUCGAUAACUAUCCCAUGCCCAUUGGACACUUCUGGAGGGGUCUGCCUGGGGACAUUGAUGCUGCUUACGAGAGACAUGACGGCAGGUUCGUCUUCUUUAAAGCAAACAGAUUUUGGCUCUUUAGGGAGGCAAACCUGGAACCAGGCUACCCUCAAGAGCUGGUUGAUUAUGGCCGAGAUAUUCCCUAUGACCGGAUAGAUACCGCUAUAUGGUGGGAACCGUCUGGCUAUACUUACUUCUUUCAAGGAGACAGGUACUGGCGCUUUGAUGAGACGUCACGGUCUGCGGACAGGGGCUACCCAAAGUCAAUCGAUGUUUGGGAUUCUUCAGUGCCCUCUUCUCCUAAGGGGGCCUUCCUGAGUGAUGAUGGGGCAUACACCUUCUUCUAUAAGGGCUCCAAGUACUGGAAGUUUGAUAACCAACGUAUGAAGAGCGAGCCAGGCUUUCCCAAGUCCAUCCUGAGAGACUUCAUGGGCUGUAGUGUUGACCUGGACCCUGACCGGGACACAGACUCUGGGCGCAAAUACCCAGACCUGAACCGUCCACCGUUCAACCCAGACGCAGGACGUGAUGCUGACAAGGGCAAAGGACGGGAUGGAACAGACCGCGAAGGCUCAGACGCUGACAAGGGCAAAGGCUCAGACAAGGACAAGGAUGAAGAUUACAUUGAGGGUCGGGAAGAAGACACCAACGAAGUAGACGUGGUGCUGAAAGUGGACGACAGUGAGGAACGAACCAUGAACAUUUUGAUGGUGACCAUCCCUCUGGUCCUGGUGAUGUGCAUCCUGGGAUUGAUCUACGCCAUUAUCAACACAUUGCAGAGCAAAGGGACGCCACGGCUGCUGGUGCACUGCAAGCGCUCCCUUCAAGACUGGGUCUGACCCGUGGCUCGAGGAGGCGCUGGACUUUACACACCUCUCCUCCUCUAACCCAGACCUCUUUCUGGUGAUCCAUCUGUGCUCAGUGGUUCCAGCAGCUCUUAGUAAAUGUGGCGGUAGAUCCAUGCUGAUCCAGUACUGAUAGAAACUACAAGCAAACAUAAAUUAUGUCUUAGAUAUAGAGAAAAACUGACUCACCACCUUAACCACCUCCCAUCUCCCAUGGUGCUCUACAAUGCAUUAACUGUAGACUAUUUAAGUGAGAACUUUGCACAUUUUUUAAUGUUUUGUUUUGGUUCCUUCUGUGUGAGACUUCGUGUUGUUAUUAUUAGUUCUUAACCAGGAAAGCUGUUUCUAUUCUUUGCGUUCUCUGUAAGGCCCUCCUCCUUCCUCCUUAAUCUCAGCAGGGGCUUUCUCUUUGCGGAUAUGGUUACAUCUCCUUCUAUUAUCUCACAAAGGGUUUGCAAAGAUGUGUAUACAAGGCACUAGGCUUUAAGCAUAGCUGAUGAUCAAUUCUACUAUCAGAAAUAGAUGGUGUCGUUUACAAAGACUUGCUGAUAGGUUUAACUGGACAUUGUUAGCACAGUUUCAGAUUUAAAUCCCUCUUCAAGCUUUACACAGACCUCUGUGUUAAAACCUGAAGGCACUUAUAGGCUGGGUGUCUUUCCUUGUAGUCUUGGAUUUCUUACAUGUUUGGUCUCUAGGAAUUUUUUUUUUCCACUAAAGUUGAUAUCUGAUCAUCUGAUCACCAAGGUUGUUUAAAAAAACAGCUGGACAUUUUUUUUUUUUUUUUAAGAAAACAAUUGGCCACGUUUGUGCUUAGAUCUUUAAAAUUAUUUGGGCUGAAUAACAGAUUUUUAAAAAGGCUUUCCAAAGCAAGAAUUUUCAGAAGCUCUGGUUUUGGACUGUUGACUUGACAAGUGGCGUGAUUCAUCCAUGAACCACUGUCUCUUCUCUAGAAACCACACCAACUGUGGGGCUGUAGUUUCCGUUAGACUUCAAAGUGUCAUGGCUGAGAGGCAAUGGUGAACAGUUAGAUUUGUUUUGGACAGUUGUUGGUAUUAGCCAUGCUUAAGCAUGUUAUCCUUAGUUUUGAUGCCGUGUUACUGUAAAUACUGUCGCCCCCUGCAGGCAACAAGCCAAGUUUUUCACCAUUUUCAAAUAACUGUAGGAAAAGUAACCAGAGUAGUGUAAUUGUUCUCUAAUAUUAGACGUAAUAUCAACAUAACAUGAGUCAUGGACACUUAGUGCCAAACAUACAUCAUACAUGUCUAAGUAUGUUGAGCAGUAAAUUAAUAAGAUCCAUUUUUACAGCUUUGAUAUAUUGAGAAGGCUAUUAUAAUUGCGACUAAAAUGAUUUGUGGAGUUUUAACUCAGAAUUUUUCAGAAUUUUAACCUUGUUUUUUAAGAUACUUUAUUGAAUUGGAGCAGACAAACAAUUGACAGUUGCAGAAAGCAUUAUUUCACUUCCUCUGUUCACAUCCUAAUUCAUGAAUCUUCAUCUAUCAGGUUGAGGUUAAUCUGAACUGUGCCCAGCCCCUAAGAUCCAGAUGAUGGGUCAAUAUAUUAUCAGCUAAACAGAGAAAACCUCUUCAAAUGAAUUAUCUGAGCUUUUUGGACACAUGCCCUCUCUUGGAUAUAGUUGGAAUAGUACCACAUUUUAUAUUAGUUUCUUAUAGUGUUGGUUCAUAUGAUGCCACGUUGGAGGACACAUAACAGACUGAUAACCAGCUGGCAUUAGCCAUUGACUAAGCAGGCUUAGCAUAUAAAUGAGGUGUACAACUUGUUAUAAAAGUCAAACUUGACUUAUAUAACUACUGACUAGCAAUUGUUAAAUGAAAGGUAGCCAUGUUUUCCUUUGACUAGGCCACUAAUACAUCCCUUUUCCAGCCAAACAUACAUGCUUUCCAUGCGCUCUAAUCUGUUUAGUUGUAAAGUUGGCACUUAGUGACAACGCUAAGUAGCUCACCAUAUCAGUGUGUGAGAAUGUUUGGCAAAGCAGUCAAAGACUGAACUAAUGAUCCUCUUUGGUCUCAGCUCCAGACCUCGUCCGUCAAUAUAUGUCAGCUUAUGUUUAUAAAAUGACAAAUCUUUAUGCCAUAACCACUGCCUCCCUUUUGAACUUCAUUCAUGCAAUUGUCUGCAAUAUUUACGUUAAUGGCAGUGGUCACUUCUCAUCUAUCUUCAUUUAAGAGACACUGAUAUAUUCAUGCUGUUAAUGGUUCAGGUUUUUUUUUUUUUUUUUUUCAAAACUGUCAUGGAAACGAAGACUUCCAGCUGUUGUCCUCUCUCCUAUGUUUAACAGGACACUGCAAUGUCUCCACAUAAAGCCAACUCACUUCAGGCACAGUUCAACACCCUUGGGUUCCGACUAGGUGGGGUUUAGUUUUUAUGAUCAUAGCUAUGAAAACAUGUCAUCUUCACAACAUUAUCAAAACACAACCAGGUAGCUUUUCCAGUUGCCGUGUGCUAACGUCUAUUGGCUUGUUUUAUCUUCACAUUUCAUUGGUUCCCCACAGUGCAUCAAAAUAAGCUCCAUUGAGCUGGUAGUUUCUCAAACCUCUGUAGCCCAGAUUACCGUAGGGGCUAAGUUGGUUGGUGACAGAUCUUUAAAACAAGGCAUGUAAUGGACAUGUGACUAAGACCAGAACUGCUGUAUUAUAUGAUAUUUUAGGCUUGAAAUUCACUGGAAUGAAUUUCUUUUAGAAAAUACAGAUAAACAAAUUAUAUUACAGCCGUUCCUUUCUACUUCUGAUUCAGGUUAGAUUUGUUUCUGUGCAGAAGCAUAGACUUUAGUCUUUGGGAAGUUAUCAAACGUAUCAGAAAUGUCCUUACUGGGUAGAAUCUUCUCAUAGUUUAGUAAUCAUGACUUUGAGGAUAAGAUUUAGACUUCAGCAAGCUCUAUUAAGACAAGCAUAGCUGCUUUACCUUUUUCUGGGCUAACUUGACCAUAAAUCUUUCUUUAUAAGGGAACCGUUUAAAAACAUCUGUAUCAUAAAGAGUAAACACUGUUUAAGGAAAACUUGUUCCUUUUUCAGUACGGGCUGAUCCUCAGUCUGCCUCUUCUCUGUCGGCAGUGAGGAAUUUUCUUUGUCGUGUACAUGAGAGGCAACAUUCAUUAUCUGCAGAAACGUUAACCUAACACCGUGGCAGGGUACAGCUAAUGUCCCAUGCGCUCUCAAACAGCUUGCCUAUUGAGCACAAAUCAAGAAUGAUGACCUGCGGCCUUGCUGUCAGAACAGCGGGGUAUCUGGACACACCAGGGUGGGCUCGGACCACUCAGGCUCAUGUGAGCACAGGCUAAUCCUCUUCAUCAAAAACAGCAGGUGUGCACAAAAUGCCGUUAACCCCCGGGCCCUUUCACUUAAAUCUUUAAGUCCUCGUAUCCAAACACUCCUUGCUCCUUUUUCAUCUUGCAAGAACAAAGACAGGAUGAAGUCUUUCUUAAGCACUCAUUGCAUCAGCCGUGCGGGGGUCCUUUGAGAUAUUGAACAAAUUAACCACGAUCACCAAGUGUGGACUAGCUUUCUUUCUUUUUUUCUCUGCACAGUUCUUGACAUAGAUGUUUAAAUAUGAUUUGAAUAUUUUCAAUCUAUAAUGGGCAGAUUGUAAAAAAAAA